AGUGUGAUAGCUAGUGAUCUUUUGUACCUCUCUGAUCCUGCUUGUAUCUGAACUUGUGUGUCGAAAUGGCGAAGUUGCAGCGCGGAGAAGGAGAGGGCGGCGACCUCGAGAAGCUGCGCAAGGGGAUAGCUGAGAGCUACGACGAGUCGACGGGGGCGUGGGAGGAGCUAUUCGGCGAGUACAUCCACCGGGGCUUCUACGACACACCAUCGGCGGCCCCCGGUGCCGCCCCGCUCACGGCCCAGGAUCACCGCCGCGCGCAGCUCCGCAUGAUCGACGAGGCCCUCGCCUUCGCCGGCGUUUCUGAAGAUCCUGAGAAGAAGCCAAAGAAAAUACUGGAUGUUGGAUGUGGAAUUGGGGGUGACACACUAUGCCUGGCCAAAAAAUAUGGUGCUCAGUGCAUUGGAAUUAACUUGAGCCCUGUACAAGUCAAAAGAGCUCAGGAGCUUGCUCAAGCUGAGGGCCUUGCAGAUAAGGUGUCGUUCGAAGUAGCAGAUGCAUUGAAUCAACCUUUUCCUGAUGGGCAAUUUGACCUGGUUUGGUCCCUGGAAAGUGGUGAGCACAUGCCAGAUAAGGAAAAGUUCUUCAGCGAGAUGGCACGCGUCGCGGCGCCAGGGGCCACGAUUAUCCUCGUGACAUGGUGUCAUAGAGAUCUUUCGCCGGACGAGGAAUCGCUGCGCCCCGACGAGAUGAAACUCUUGAACAAGAUAAGCGAUGCGCACCUCCUACCUGCUUGGUGCUCCGCUGCGGACUAUGCCAGCUUCGCCAAGUCUUUAAAACUCGAGGAUAUCAGAAGGGCAGACUGGUCGGAGAAUGUGGCUCCGUUUUGGUCUGCGGCCGUGCAGUCUGGCAUGACUUGGCGAGGCAUCAUCUCCCUCUUGAAAAGUGGAUGGAAAACUAUAAAAACUGCGCUAGCAGUUUCCCUGCUGAUCGAGGGCUACAACAAGAAGGUCAUCAAAUACAACAUCAUCACAUGCCGCAAGCCAAAAUAAGCGGAUAAUAAAUAGUUGGUCUCACGGUCGAAUUCUGCUACAGAUAAGUACGAAAAUAUGCGUAUGUGUGAUCAACAGAUAUAUCAAAACUUAAUACCACUACUUGUUUGUGUCUUUUUUUUAUGAUUUUAGUUUUUGGUACAUUUUGCGUUUAGUGAAAUGUUGUAUCCUUUGUACUAGGUUUUGUGUACUUAAAUAAAAGAGUUUGAUCCUUGUAAUGGUUGUUUCCCUCUUUAAUUAUGAAAUUAUGAUUUUGUGUC